UGUGGCAGCCAAUCCAACCCACGUUGUCUCUCUUUGUCUUCUUUCUUCCCCUCUCUGAAUUUUCUUCCCAAUUUGCAAAUUUGAUAUUUUUCAUUCCAAGAAUUUUUAUAUAUUCUUGACAGUUGAGUUCCAUUAAAUUAAAUUUUGAAAAAUUGAUUUUCAUUUUGUUGUUCAUAAUUCCAAACUACUUUUAUUUAUUACAGUUGGAUGGACGGUUUGAUUGAUUGAUUGAUGAUGAUAAUGAAUGGAUAAUUCAUUGAUUGAUUGAUACCUAAUUUCAUUCAAGAAUCUCUCUUUCUCUCUCUACAUUUUUUUCCCCCCUCUCUCUCUCUCUUUCUCGCCGGCACUUUUCUCCGAUUACCUUUCGCCGGCGGCCGUCGAGAUGCGCGGCGGGGCUUUGCUUCUGAUUGUUCUUUUCGGUUUAGUGGCGGUGGGGGUGGAGGGGAAUGCGACGGUGGUGGAGGAAAUGGUGCCGGUGGCGGCGAAGGGGGAAAUGAUGGCGGCGAUGAUGAUGAAAAUGGAUGAAAGUAACCGGAGAAGACUGCGAGGCAGAUUUCAAGUGUGCUCUCUCUGCACGUGCUGCGGCGGCGGCGGCGGCGGCGGACGGAGCUACUGUACGGCGUCGCCGUGCUGCUACGCCAUUAACUGCAACAUUCCGAACAGACCAUUCGGGUACUGCUCCUUCACGCCCAAAACCUGCAACUGCUUCGGAUGCCAUAUUUAGAUUUUCUUUUUUUUUUUUUAAUUAAUUAAUUAAUUUAUAUAUAUAUAUAUAUAUAGAAAUAUUUAUAUAUAUUGGAAUUAAAAUGGUUGGAUGGAUAGGGACGAUAAAGAGCUUCUUCUUCUUUCCCCUACGACUUCAUCCCUGCAACCCUAAUUUUAUUUUAUUUUAUUUUUUUAUAGAAUUAUUAUUAUUAUUAUUAUUAUUAUUAUUAUUAUUAUUAUUAUUGUUGAUGUUGUUGUCUUGUUGGUGAUGUCCUCCAUGUGAAGGAGGAAGGGAAGUGUACAGUAGAGUGAGCGAGUGAGUGAGUUAGCAGCGACAGUUCGAUAUACGGUUGGUGGUCCUUAAUUAAUUAAUUAAGUAAAUUUGUUUGUUUCAAUUCUUACAUACGUACCCCUUAGCUGUAUAUUUGUGUAUGUAUGUAUUUAUAUUUAUAUAUAUAUAUGUAUAUUAUGUAUGUCACCACAAUA